AUGUUCCCUCCAGACGUGUGGAAUUCUACGGACCUGAUGUGGUUCAAUGCGUCUGAGUUGAAUGCUUCUCUGGAGGAUUCGGAGGAGGGGGACCACCCGUUCCUGACGGACGCCUGGCUGGUGCCUCUCUUCUUCGCCCUCAUCAUGCUGGUGGGGCUCAUCGGGAACUCGCUGGUCAUCUAUGUCAUCUCCAUACACAGGCAGAUGAGGACGGCCACCAACUUCUACAUAGGUGAGCAAGACCAAGGGGUUUCCCUUACAGUUACAAAGGGUUUUCCACUUAUAAUACAGUCACUGAACCUCAUUGUUAUUGUGGAUUGUCAUGAACUGGGAAGAAACUUGUUCUUUGUGUGUGACUGUUACAGUCAAUCUUAUGUAAAGUAUGUGGUCCAGAGAAAUAGUUUCCACUGUAAAUUAGGACUAAUGACUGUAUUUGUCUUUUUAUGAUGGCUGUACAUUGUGGAUAUAUUGUGGAUAGUAACCUUAUCCAUUCUGUCUGUAGAAUGCACCUAUACAGUACAGUAUAUAUACUGUAGCCUAUACUAACAAACAACAUAUUGAAGGGAUCAUGUUUCUAAACUAAAUAACAGCUCUUGUUUGACAUUGGAAAUGCAUGUAUGGAGUGGAGAUGUGCAGAAUCAAUGGAUUUUGAAAUAUUAUGGAUUGACCAUGAAGGUGGACAGCAAAUAUCUCUGUGCUUAUAAAUAACAAUGAUGGUAUCAGUGUGUGUGUGUGUGUGUGUGUGUUUCAAAUGACUGACUGAUAUCUCCCUGGGCUGCUACACUGGAGCCUGUUUUUAAUAUUUAAUCAUAUUUGUUUACUACUUCCACUUCCUGUGGACAACAGCCCAAAUGUAUUCUCUCACCUCUCAGUUGUUGCUAUAAAUGAUGUAAGUCCAUUCAAAAGAGAGCACCAUUUUAGACUUUUGGUCCAACUGUGAUACAAUAAAUCUAUUUUAUUACAACUAUACAACUAUUCUGAAAGUAACAUAAGUCCUAUUGUGGCAGAUGUCCUCACUAUACCUCUGCAGGUCCUGUCCAACUCUAUUAAUAAGACCUCUUCUCCAUGUCAGUGAAACAGUAAUAUCUCCCAUCAUUUCAAAAUGAAAUACUGCAGUAUCUUGUGAUACAUUUCUCUCACAUGUUCCAUUCAAUCCCCCCCAAUGUGUAUUUAUCUUUCUGAAUUUUGUGAAAUCAAUUGGCUCUUUGAAAAAUGUAUGCACUCACUAACUGUAAGUCGCUCUGGAUAAGAGCGUCUGCUAAAUGACUAAAAUGACUAAAAUGUCAAAUGUAAAUGUAAGCCCAUGCCAAAAUACACUGAUUUGGUGACAUGCCUUUGAAUUUUAUAAAGCAAGUAAUUUAUUCAAAUGAUUAACUUUGACUCACAGGUUCAAAUGGUUAUUUUAUGUUGCAAAAGUUUGUUCAUCAGAAAGAAAUGAAUGAGUUCCCUCCUAACUGAGCUUAUUUCCACAGCUAACCUGGCUGCCACAGACAUCAUCUUCCUGGUGUGUUGUGUCCCGUUCACAGCCACUCUCUACCCGCUCCCUGGAUGGAUAUUUGGGGACUUCAUGUGUAAAUUUGUUGCUUUUCUACAACAGGUAAAUCAUUUGAAUAAAACACAUUGCCUCUGGUCACAGACUUCUAUCAGUUUUUUAUAUUUUUAUAUUAACGAUGGCUUUUCUCACCACAAUGUAAUUUGGGUAUAAUUGCCCUCAAAUGGGCCCAUGAGGUACUGUCUUGUCCUAUUAGUCUGAAAAACUGUUCUGGUGCCUGGCUGUACCCAAUUAAAUUACGUAACUGCAAUAUUCAAUAUUCAAUAUUGCAGUGUCAUUUAAUUUAUCCAGUAGAGGGGAGAGGUUCAUGAUAAUUUUUCAACAAUGUAUGAGCAACAUUGUAUUUUGAAAUGCAACUUGAGUACCAAUAUGUGUACUUUUCAUAUUAAAACAAUCCGUUUGAAACUCCCAAUAAAUAAAAAUUCAAGGCUUAUCUGAGAAUCAUUCACUGUGGCCCUACUCCAUUUGGAGAGAGAUCACAUUGGUUAAGACUGAAUGGUUAUGACUCAUGACAUGUAAGGGAUUUAUGCAAGUGAAUGAUGAAUCACUGUCUAUAUAAAUAAUGUCCUUUUUCCAUAAAAAAAAAUUGAAACAAUCAGUCCAUCAGGCUUCUUGCGAUUAACCACAGCUUCAAGCAGGUUCGCAAGAUUAAAACUAACCUGUUGGGUUGGCAAAUGACUAAAGCUCUGAGCAUACUGUAGAUGGACUCAUAGAGUAGGAUCCAAUCUCAGAUGUCAUCCAAUCGCAGUUUUCAAUUUCACCACAGUAAGGAGAGAGAUGAAUACUGUCAGCACACUGCACAAUUUGUCUCUAGACAAGUUCAGUGAAAUGCCUUUCUUGCAAGCUUUUUCCCAUCAGUGCACUAAGUCAAUCAAAGUAGCCAGUAAGUCAAUCAAAAAUGCCUUUAAAUGCAUAGUGCAAGGUGCAAAAAUAGAAUGAUGAGAGAGCAAGGCAGAAGAGAGGUUUCAGUAUCAUGCAGCAUGCUAUAGUCAGAGCUCUCUCAUUUUCACCACAUGAACCAUCAGCCACCAGGGGGAUCCUGUGAGCUUUGAUAAUACACUAUGUCAAUACCACACAUCUUCUCAGUUAACCAUGGCUUUCACUGACCUUGGCAUUAGUCGGUUAUUUAGCCACAGGAUGUGAUCAACACAUUUCAUUGUCACUGAACUGCAUAUAACUGAACUGAACUCCAUUGAAACAGGACUUGCCAUUUGAAAUCUAUCUGAAAUGUGUCAAUUUAAAGCACGAUUCCCCAACUGCUUAAAAAAUUAAUAAAAUAAUUGUUGGACAUAAAAGACUAGAAAUUACAGGAAAUCAGCUCCAAGUAUUCCCACGUGAUUGUAUACAAAUCGUUGUGUUUUAGUCAAAUAUUAUACCUGUUUGGGCUUCUUGCGGUCAAUUUGCAGUCUACAAAUUAUUUGUCAUUAUGUUCCAGACCCCCGACCAUCCACUUAAGAAAAAAUUGACCCGCAGCUGAAUCUAGUUGAAAAUCCCAGAUUCAAAAGAAAAUUCCACUCAAAAACUAUCUUUUGGUAUUUGUCCCUAAAUGUUUUUAUAUUUUUAUUUUUAUUGAUGGGUAAAAAAAAAAAUCAAAAAAUGAAAAGUUAUUCUCAAAGUAUUUCACGUUUUUAAAGUACUAUAUGUGCCCCAAAACAUUAUCCAACUACCACCACCCAUUAACAUGUAUUUAUUUUUUCUCUUCACUUGGCCAUAAUAAUUCUGUAUCAAGAUCUAGAACUUUCAAAAUACAGAACGCAUCAUACGGUGACACUUUCUGUAUUUUGAAAGUUCUAUAUCUUAAAACUUGAAUGCUGAAAUGCAAAACAUUUUGGGACUGUAUCAAUAGUGGACCAAUGAAACAAAUACCAAAAGAUACAGUGGCUUGCGAAAGUAUUAACCCCCCUUGGCAUUUUUCCUAUUUUGUUGCCUUACAACCUGGAAUUAAAAUUUAUUUUGGGGGGGUUUGUAUCAUUUGAUUUACACAUUUGAUUUAUGCCUACCACUUUCAAGAUGCAAAAUAUUUUUUGUUGUGAAACAAACAAGAAAUAAGACAAAAAAAACAGAAAACUUGAGCGUGCAUAGCUAUUCACCCCCCUAAAAGUCAAUACUUUGUAGAGCCAUCUUUUGCAGCAAUUACAGCUGCAAGUCUAUUGGGGUAUGUCUCUAUAAGCUUGGCACAUCUAGCCACUGGGAUUUUUGCCCAUUCUUCAAGGCAAAACUGCUCCAGCUCCUUUAAGUUGGAUGGGUUCCGCUGGUGUACAGCAAUCUUUAAGUCAUACCACAGAUUCUCAAUUGGAUUGAGGUCUGGGAUUUGACUAGGCCAUUCCAAGACAUUUAAAUGUUUCCCCUUAAACCACUCGAGUGUUGCUUUAGCAGUAUGCUUAGGGUCAUUGUCCUGCUGGAAGGUGAACCUCCAUCCCAGUCUCAAAUCUCUGGAAGACUGAAACAGGUUUCCCUAAAGAAUUUCCCUGUAUUUAGCGCCAUCCAUCAAUCCUUCAAUUUUGACCAGUUUCCCUGCCGAUAAAAACAUGGGGAUGGUGUUCUCGGGGUGAUGAGAGGUGUUGGGUUUGCACCAGACAUAGCGUUUUCCUUGAUGGCCAAAAAGCUCAAUUUUAGUUUCAUCUGACCAGAGUACCUUCUUCCAUAUGUUUGGGGAGUCUCCCACAUGCCUUUUGGCAAACAACAAACGUGUUUGCUUAUUUUUUUCUUUAAGCAAUGGCUUUUUUCUGGCCAUUCUUCCGUAAAGCCCAGCUCUGUGGAGUGUACGGCUUAAAGUGGUCCUAUGGACAGAUACUCCAAUCUCCGCUGUGGAGCUUUGCAGCUCCUUCAGGGUUAUCUUUGGUCUCUUUGUUGCCUCUCUGAUUAAUGCCCUCCUUGCCUGGUCCAUGAGUUUUGGUGGGCGGCCUUCUCUUGGCAGGUUUGUUGUGGUGCCAUAUUCUUUCCAUUUUUUAAUAAUGGAUUUAAUGGUGCUCCGUGGGAUGUUCAACGUUUCGGAUAUUUUUGUAUAACCCAACCCUGAUCUGUGCAUCUCCACACUUGUUUGGAGAGCUCCUUGGUCUUCAUGGUGCCGCUUGCUUGGUGGUGCCCCUUGCUUAGUGGUGUUGCAGACUCUGGGUCCUUUCAGAACAGGUGUAUAUAUACUGAGAUCAUGUGACAGAUCAUGUGACACUUAGAUUGCACACAGGUGGACUUUAUUUAACUAAUUAUGUGACUUCUGAAGGUAAUUGGUUGCACCAGAUCUUAUUUAGGGGCUUCAUAGCAAAAGGGGUGAAUACAUAUGCACGCACCACUUUUCCGUGAUUUAUUUUUUAGAAUGUAUUGAAAAAAAAAAAAAAAAACUUUUCACUUCACCAAUUUGGACUAUUUUGUGUAUGUCCAUUACAUGAAAUCCAUUUAAAUUACAGGUUGUAAUGCAACAAAAUAGGAAAAACGCCAAGGGGGAUGAAUACUUUUGCAAGGCACUGUAGUUUUUGAGUGGUAUUGUCCUUUAAGGAGUGACAAACAUAAUGUCACAUUACAUUUAAUAAAGAAAUGACAUAGUUGCAAAUGCAGUCUUAUGUGAAGGUUCGAAAAUAACUGAUGCUCAACAAAACUUCUACACAGAUUCUGGUCCUCUGUUUAGAUUUUUAUUUUCAUCAAAAGUACCAACUCUCUCUAUGAUGUAUCUUUUUGGUAGACGCAUUGAUAACUCACUCCCCCACAUAUGCAAAUAUCACUGCUGCUGUACAGUGUGUAAAUGGGAGGAUUCAUUAAAUCAAACUUUGCGAACCCAUUUUAAUAUCAGUUGUAAUUCUUAGCCCUUUUGUGUUAAUAUGUUUUAAUAUUUUCUUAAAUCCUUUUUACAUGUUCAACCUACACGCAGUGCUUCUCUUUGUUCAAGAGACUCAUGCAUUCUGUCCCUACAUUAUGACAAGAGUAGAGCACUUGUCUUCGGAUCAAUGAUGUACACCUGGUCAGGCUCUCUUUUGCACUUCAGUCAGAGACAAGGGCGUUGGAUAGAUCUCAAGUAGUGUAGUUACUGAACUGGGUCACAAAUCCUACUCUCCAACAACAUUAUGUUGUUUAGAACCUGCUUAUCUGUUAUCACAGAUGAUAACCAACUUUCAGGGGCAUCAGGCAACCAUUAGCAUUUUUUUUAUGGGGAAAUUAUUUCAAAAUGCAUUAUGUGUGAAAGAAACUAUAUGGUUUAUACUUUUAUCCUAGAAAUUGAAAAAAGUUAUGGGCAUGACACCUAACCCAGGAGGAUGAAUUAAUAAUGAUUUGUCUUUCUAAAGUUACAUUUUCUCAUUACGCUCAUCAUUUUCAUUACUUCCCAGUGUGAUGGCAGGCAAGUGCCAUUUAUUUGAAUUUACAUGAAUUUUACAGCAUGUCUCUGAUGUAAAAUUCUGAAUAUUGUUUCACCUGUGAACAACCCAGAAUGAAAGUCAUUAUUUUGUUCUUCUUUUUUCUUAGGUGACUGUUCAGGCUACUUGCAUCACCCUCACUGCCAUGAGUUGGGAUCGCUGCUAUGUCACAGUGUACCCUCUAAAGUCCCUACGCCAUCGCACUCCACGAGUUGCCAUGAUUGUUAGCAUCUGUAUAUGGAUCGGUAAGUCACAUGCUACCAUGCCUGAACCAUUUACAAACAAUGGAUUUCGGCUCAAAGUCUACAUUUUCUAUAAAGAUAAACUAAUUCAAUGUUUUUCUCUUUUUUAAAGGUUCCUUCCUUCUAUCCACCCCGAUCUUCAUGUAUCAGAGGAUUGAGGAGGGUUACUGGUAUGGACCGAGACACUACUGCAUGGAGAGGUUUCCUUCUAAAACCCAGGAGAGGGCUUUCAUCCUGUACCAGUUCAUAGCUGCCUACCUGCUACCUGUCAUUACCAUCUCAUUCUGCUACACAUUCAUGCUGAAGAGGUUGGGCCAGCCGUCAGUGGAGCCAGUAGACAAUAAUUACCAGGUAUGGAGAGACUAUUACUUUGGGUGUUCCUUUAUGACUUAGUUUACAACAUAAAUAGGUGUGCUUAUUUGUCAUGGUUACACAAUGAAAGCAUGAGUUCAUAUUUGGAUCCCUUCCAAUUUGCAGGUAUACUACAGUAUGUCUAUAAAGACCCUCAGCCUGUGGCCAUGUUUUGAACUACAUACAGUAUAAGUAAUUUCGAAGCCCGUCACAGUAGUAGUGAGUUAACUUCAACAUUUCUACUAUAGGUCCACCUGUUGUCAGAGAGGACCAUCACUCUGAGGAGUAAGAUCUCCAAGAUGGUGGUGGUGAUUGUCCUCCUAUUCACCAUAUGCUGGGGGCCUAUCCAACUCUUCGCCCUGUUCCAGUCCUUCUACCCCAACUACAGGGUCAACUACGCUACCUAUAAGAUCAAGACGUGGGCUAACUGCAUGUCCUACGCUAACUCCUCCAUCAACCCAAUCAUUUACGGCUUCAUGGGAGCCAGUUUCCGCAAGUCCUUCAAGAAGACUUUCCCCUUCCUGUUCAAACACAAAGUGAGAGACAGCAGUGUCACGUCGCGCACGGUUAAUGCAGAAAUCAAGUUAGUUGCUGCAGAGGAAGGCAACAACGAUGGGAAAUUAAAUGAGCCAUGGGCUGAGUGA